AACUUGGCAGCUAUGUGCAGAGGACCUUGGCUUCUGCUUGGGGGCCUUUGGAGUUUUGUUCUCUUGCAUAUCUGAACGGCUGCAGCCGCUCCACAUGCUGAAGAAUCUCAGGAGGAGAAAAUCCUCAUUGGCUUCAUUAGAACACACAGAGGCUAGAGAGUGCUUAGGACCAGAAAUUUACUUGGAGGAUAUCGGUUCAGCAUUUGUGAAGAAAUGGACUGGGAACAGCUUGACAUGAACCCCAGAGUGAUUGCAGCAAUUAAAAAGGCAAAAAUCAAAUCUAUCCAAGAGAUUAUGAACCUUUCAGGAGCAGAUUUGCAAAGGCUGACAAAUCUGUCCCGUAUGGAUGUACAGUACUUGCUAAGGGCCAUUUCUGGUGCAUUAAGAAAAAACUCUGUACUUACAGCUCUUCAGCUAUUCCAGGACAGAAACUACAACACUUCCCAACACCAGAAGCUAAGCCUGGGCUGCCCGAUUCUGGACAGCUUGCUACAAGGCGGCGUUCCCCUUGCAGGAAUCACCGAAAUUGCUGGCGAAAGUUCUGCUGGGAAGACCCAGAUUGGUUUGCAGCUGAGCCUUUCUGUGCAAUAUCCGUACAAAUACGGUGGACUGGAAUCUGGUGCUGUUUACAUUUGUACGGAAGACGUUUUCCCAAAUAAGCGCUUGCAGCAACUGAUUGAGCACCAGCCCAAAGCGAGGGGUGACAUUUCGCCUGAUGUGGUGCAGAAAAUAAAAUUUGGAAGUGGUAUUUUUGUUGAGCAUGCCGCAGACCUGGAGACUUUCCACGAGUGUAUUACUAAGAGGAUUAACUUGCUGGUCUCAAGGGGCAUGGUUCGCCUGGUCGUAAUCGAUUCCAUCGCUGCCUUAUUCAGAUGCGAGUUUGCCGCCAAGGAUUCCGUCCUGAAAGCCAAAUAUUUGCAGAUAUUUGGAGCAAAACUUCACAAGCUAAGCAGCAAGUUCCGAGUCCCAGUAGUAUGCAUUAAUCAGGUAACUGACACAAUGGAUGAGAAAGGAAGUGCUGCUCACUGUAGUCCUGGAUGCGCAACCAAGAGAGUAGUUCCGGCACUUGGAAUAACUUGGUCCAAUCAGCUGUUGAUGCGGCUGAUGGCAAGCCGGAGAACAGACCAAUCACUGGCUGCCAAUGAUGCACCACACCAUGGCAGAAGUGCGCUGCGGACGUUAAGGGUGGUUUUUGCUCCUCACCUGCCCCCGUCUUUUUGCUACUAUGCAGUCAACUUGGAAGGUGUAAAGGGAAUAAAGGAGACACCACCGAAUUUAUGAAGAAAACUGAAGCACUAAAUGUUACAUAUUUAUUCAUGCUACAGUACAAUGGAAUUUAGCGGAUUUAGUAAAAUCAGCAGCGAACCACGGUUGCAUCCAGACUGCAUCCUUGGUUAAGUUGGGAAAUGUAAGGAAAACUAGGGAGUAAUUUUUGGACAAGACCAGCCCAGUUUUAAAGCAACUGCAGAGUCAAGCAGCUAACAAAUAGCCUAAGUAUUAUCUGAAUCCUCUGGAGGGUUAACUCGUUAAAAUUUGUCAAGGCAAAAACAGCAGCCUGGAAUGAGUAAGUAUCUUAUAUUUAUUAGUCCUAGGGUAAGAAUAUCCUUUCUCUAGAACCUGUGUGUGUGUAUGAAUAUUUACAGUUGAUUUCAUCUGUUAAGGCUGAACGUAAGAGUUUGUAUAAGACCAAGACACUACUUUAAUCCAGUUAAUCUUUGGAGCCCCUUUGUACGUUUCCUUGUAUCUUCAGAAGAACUAUAAUGAGUUUAUUCUACAAAGCUCUGUCUUUUAUGCCUUUUUUUAAAGAACAGGUUAUUUAAAAUUUGCUUUUAAAAGAUAAACAGAAAUAUUAACUGCUUUUGUAACACUCUUAACAUAAAAAGCCACAUUUGCAGAAGUCUUUUUCUUUCAAUAGUUUAUUUUUACACUUUGAAAAUGUCAAGGACACUUUACAUGUUAAACAGUUUCACAACUGACCACAGCUAUGUAACAGGUUUAAAAGAAAAAGAUCAGGAAUCAUUUUGUGGAAAUAAGCUAUACAUAACAAGCAAUAUCUUUUGUUCUACGUUCUAAGGCUGCUUUCUGUGGAGACGUGUAUUUAGAGAACUAAACCGCCAAGUUGAAAGCACAGUAAUUCUAGUUAAACAUCCAGAAUAUUUUAGCAUUAAGAGUUAAUGGCUUAACUACUGACCUCUCAUCUUAUAUCGUGGAGGAAUGGGAUUCAGAAUUUCAAAUUUAAGCAGGACCUAGCCAAAUCAGAUUUAGCUAGAUCAACAUGCAAAACCCUUUACUCAUUCUUCAAUUAUUUAAAUUUACCUUGCAUCAAUUUUUUAAAAAUUAUAUUUCUAAUUUAAAGCUGAAGUGCAAGUCUUAACAUAUCCAGUCAAAGACUUCCCUUUUUUUAAACGAAAAACAUUGCUCCCUUGUCAACUCUUCACUGACCGUAAUUGCCUCAGUGCUUUAAAGUGACAUUCAGCCAUGCCUGUUUGUUUAGAUUAAGCAUCCAAAAGGUAAGUGAUCCAAAUACUCCGCAUUAUUCAAACUGAAAGGUAGAAUUUCAUAUUACAGGAAACAGAGGUCUGCCAUGAAAAACAACAGCUUAAAUGUCAUGUCCUCCAUCCUAAUCUACAGCACCAUUUAACCUGGAAUGUCUUGACAUUACACUAUCUUCCCAUUAGCUGCUGCUCUUGUCAUCAAGUGUGGGAGAGCAAACCACGCAUAUCGUCUAUAUGUAAGGAUUUUGGAGAAGCUGUUGGGGUGGGGGAGCUGUGCUCUUUGCUGUUUCUGGCAGCAGCCCUUUUGCUCCUUGUAAUGUACAGACAAACCUGUCAUUGGUUUAGUAUUUCCUGGGUCUCUCUGUCUCGAAAUCACAAAAUAAAGCUCAGUAUUUGAAAUCAAGAGCAGUAUUUAUGGGCUUUUCUGGAGUAUGCA